AUGAGCCAGGCAUACGACGACAACAACAACAAUCUCGACGUCCCCAUCUUUCAGGACGACCUCCUCCGUGACAGGCAGCGAGUCUUCUCCGAGUUCCUCUCCAAGGACGAAUACCAAGAUGCCGUUCGUCGCAUGCUGAGGAUGGAUGCUCGUAGACUCAUCAUCAACAUAGAUGAUUUGCGGUCCUACAACCGAGAGUUCGCUACGGGCCUACUAAACGAGCCCAACGAGUAUCUUCCCGCCUUUGAUGCUGCCUUGCACAUGUCGGUCGAGCUGGCAGCCAAUCCUCUCAAAGAUGACACCAAGAACAAGCAGUACUACAUUGGUCUGCGCGGAAGUUUCGGAGACCACCAUGUCAACCCACGUACACUUCGCAGUGUCCACCUCGGCAAGAUGAUGAGUUUGGAAGGGAUCGUCACACGCUGUUCCCUCGUUCGUCCCAAGAUCCUCAAGUCCGUUCACUACUGUGAAACGACAACAAAGUUUCACCAGCGCGAGUACCGUGAUGCCACCAUGUACGGAACGCUACCCCCAUCAUCUACGGUAUAUCCUACUGAGGACGAGAACGGCAACCGUCUCACCACCGAGUACGGCCACAGUCUCUUCCGUGACCACCAGAUGAUCUCUAUCCAAGAAAUGCCCGAGCGCGCACCUCCAGGUCAAUUGCCAAGAAGCAUCGACGUUGUUAUGGACGACGACAUGGUUGACCGCUGCAAGCCAGGCGACCGCAUCCAGCUUGUCGGCAUGUACCGCUCGCUCGGCAAUCGCACCGGCCAGAGCUCUUCUUCUACUUUCCGCACACUCAUGAUUGGUAACAACCUCAACCUUCUCUCCUCAAAAGCCGGCGGAGGCAUUGCUCAGGCGCACAUCACCGACACUGACAUCCGAAACAUUAACAAGAUCGCCAAACGCAAGAAUGUCUUUAACUUGCUCUCGCAGUCCCUAGCACCCUCCAUCUACGGUCACGAGUACAUCAAGAAGGCCGUGCUCCUACUUUUACUCAGUGGUGAAGAGAAGAACUUGCCUAACGGCACUCACAUUCGUGGUGACAUCAACAUCCUCAUGGUUGGUGACCCUUCCACUGCCAAGUCGCAGAUGCUUCGAUUCGUUCUCAACACGGCCCCACUUGCCAUUGCUACUACCGGUCGAGGUUCGAGUGGUGUCGGUCUCACUGCUGCUGUCACAACAGACAAGGAGACUGGAGAGCGUCGUCUCGAGGCAGGUGCCAUGGUCUUGGCUGAUCGUGGUGUCAUCUGCAUUGACGAGUUCGAUAAGAUGAGCGAUGUCGACCGAGUCGCCAUUCACGAAGUCAUGGAACAGCAGACGGUGACCAUUGCCAAGGCCGGUAUCCACACCAGUCUCAACGCCCGUUGUUCGGUCGUCGCAGCCGCCAACCCCAUCUACGGCCAGUACGACGUUCACAAGGACCCUCACAAGAACAUUGCACUUCCCGACUCGCUCCUUUCUCGUUUCGAUUUGCUCUUUGUGGUCACCGACGACGUUGACGAGCAGCGUGACCGAAUGAUUUCGGAGCAUGUUCUGCGCAUGCACCGUUACCUGCAACCUGGCCUCGAGGAGGGCACUCCAGCUGUCGACAACCUCGAUCAGGCUCUCGAUGUUGGUGCCCCCGAGGGGACCGAUGCUGAUGGUGCUGCUAUGCUCGGCGACACCUCUCCCUUUGAAAAAUACAACCCUCUCCUCCACUCUGGCGUCACGGGCUCCGGCCGUAGCACCGACAAGAAGGAGGUGCUUUCGAUUGCUUUUAUCAAGAAGUAUAUCCAGUACGCCAAGUCGCGUAUCCAUCCUGUCUUGACCAAGGGCGCUGCUGAGUGGAUCGUCAAUGUCUACUCAAACCUUCGUAAUGACGAGCUUUCUGGCAACCAGAAGCGUACUUCGCCUCUCACCGCGCGUACCCUCGAGACCCUUAUCCGUCUCGCUACUGCGCACGCCAAGAGUCGAUUGAGCAGCAAAGUCGAGGAACGCGAUGCUGAGGCUGCAGAGGAGAUCCUCCGCUUUGCUCUUUUCAAGGAGGUACUCGGUGGACGCAAAGGUGUCAACAAGCGACGCCGAACGGGCAACAGCCCCAUGAGCGACGAUGACGCUGAGGACCAGGACGACGAUGGUGACGACAGUGGAGAUGAGGCUGCCCGCACCAGUGAUGCCAAAGCGGCUUACCGCAGCGGACGAAGUGGGCGCAGCGGUGCUCGAGGCGGUCGUCGUGGUGGUCAGCGCUACGGCGAGGACGAUCACAGCAGCGACGAUGACAAUGAUGCCGCGCAAGUCUCUACGCAACGCUCGGCUCGAUCCAACGGCGCCUACGCCACAAGGGCUGCUGCCUCGACGCAUCCCAAGCCUAAGCCUGCCAUGGUUGGUCCUGGUGGCAUGGACGAAGAGGACUUUGACGAUGAGGACGCUCUCGAGGCAAUGCGCUCGAUGGAUGUCGAGGCGGUCAUCCCCUCGCAGCCUGUUCAACCUUCGAGCUCAUCAUUGAUUGGUGUCUCGGCACGUAGGACGGAGGCGUUCAAGGAGGCCCUUUCAGACCUGCUCUUCUCGUCUGAUGGUCGCUUGGCAGAGAUGGAUGCCAUCCCACUGGACGACCUGCUUCCCGUCAUGAAUGAAGGCCGUCGCACCGAAGAGCUGUUCGACAGCAACGAGGCGCGCCAGGUUCUCGAGCAGAUGCACAGGGAGAACAGUAUCAUGUUCAGCGAGGACAUGGUCUUCAAGCUCUGA